GCCAUGGGUCGACAGAAGGAGCUGGUGUCCCGCUGCGGCGACAUGCUGCACAUCCGCUACCGCCUGCUGCGCCAGGCGCUCGCCGAGUGCCUGGGGACCCUCAUCCUCGUGAUGUUUGGCUGUGGCUCCGUGGCCCAGGUGGUACUCAGCCGGGGCACCCAUGGAGGCUUCCUGACCAUCAACUUGGCCUUCGGCUUCGCUGUCACUCUGGGCAUCCUCAUUGCUGGCCAGGUUUCUGGGGCCCACCUGAACCCUGCAGUGACCUUUGCCAUGUGCUUCCUGGCGAGAGAGCCUUGGAUCAAGCUGCCCAUCUACACUCUGGCUCAGACGCUGGGCGCCUUCCUAGGGGCUGGGAUCGUUUUUGGACUGUAUUAUGAUGCCAUCUGGGCUUUUGCCAAUAAUGAACUUAUAGUCUCGGGCCCCAACGGCACUGCGGGCAUCUUUGCUACCUACCCCUCUGGACAUUUGGACAUGGUCAACGGCUUCUUUGACCAGUUCAUCGGCACAGCCUCCCUCAUCGUGUGUGUAUUGGCCAUCGUCGACCCCUACAACAACCCGGUCCCCCGCGGCCUGGAGGCCUUCACCGUGGGCCUAGUGGUCCUGGUCAUCGGGACCUCCAUGGGCUUCAACUCUGGCUAUGCCGUCAACCCUGCGCGAGACUUUGGCCCUCGCCUCUUCACCGCCAUCGCAGGCUGGGGCUCGGAGGUCUUCACGACUGGCAAGCACUGGUGGUGGGUGCCCAUCGUCUCCCCGCUCCUGGGCUCCAUCGCGGGCGUCUUCGUGUAUCAGCUCAUGAUCGGCUGCCACCUGGAGCAGCCCCCACCCUCCAAUGAUGAGGAGAAUGUGAAGCUGGCCCACAUGAAGCAAAAGGAGCAGAUCUGAGGGGUCCUGGCCAGGCCCUCCCCAGCCCAGCCCCUCACUGACUGCAGGGGCUGCUCCCCAAAUGUCCCUCAAGGCCUUCCUCCCAAGGCUCGGGAGCUCCCGAGAUGGACAGCCCCCAGGAGCACUUCCCCCUGGGCCCUGACCAAAGGGAACCUCAGGCCACUGCCCUUAAGCUAUGGUGGGACAGGGAGCAGGGCUGACAUGUCAUGUCCCUUUGUCUCCCAAAGGUAGAGAAUGAAUGGGCAGCAAGGCUCUGUGUGUGUGUGUGUGUGUGUGUGUGUGUGUUUGAGUGCCUGCGCGAUUCUCCAGAUUGCAGGACAAGGAACCAAGUGGAAAGGAUUCUAGCUGUCGCAGUUGCAGGAGAAGCCCAGGGAAGGGCGUGUGUGUGUGUGUGUGUGGGGUGGGGGGAGGCAGGGGGGCACACCUGUAAGGAGAGCGCCAGGAGUGGGCAUGCCGCGACUCCCCAUGGCGGAGCAUCCUCUGGUUGCAGUCUGUGUGUGUGUCUGCCCGUUUUUCUAAGGGGGGUUUCCCAUAGGCUUUGGGGGCGGUGGAGUGGGGGUCUGAGUAGGGCUAGCGGGGAGGGGACUCACAACCUGAGUGUGGAGUUCCGACUUCCCAUAUGUAAUGUGUCUGGGGCAUAUUCUAGGCCUGAGAGGGUGAGGGUGAACUAGGUCAUGUUUCAUGUUUGCUUUGUUGUUGUCGUUUUAAGUACAUACAGCAAAUGUUACAGACAGGCUCACAGGUAGGGGUUGAGAGACCUCAGUCCGAAUCGGGUCCUCCCCCCUUGAAUCCUUCCCUCAAUUUAUGUACCCUUUUGUCUUUUAUAAAAAAAAUAAUAAAACCUAUGCCCCAAGCUA